GGCCGGCAGCGGGCUGCUCGUCCUCGGGAGAGGCUCUCCCCUGCUGCAGACCGCUGCGAAGAUAAACUGCCUCGGUUCUUACCUCCCUAGUGAGUAUCAGACAUGGAUGCUUUCCAAACAAUCCUAAAGUUCUUCAUCAACCGGAAAACCGCCAUAGGUUACAGUUUUAUGGCACUGCUGACAAUGGGAGGUGAACGCGUGUUUUCUCUUGUUGCUUUCAGAUGCCCAUGCAGCAGUGAAAACCUCAGGUACGGUUUGGUAUUUCUCUUCUCCCCAGCUCUUGUUUUGCUAGUUAUUGGAUACUUCUUGAACAGCAAGACCUGGAAACUCUUUACAGGCUGCUGGGUGAAUCCCAGGAAAAUAUUCCCCAGAGGGAAUGUCUGCCGUUUCUUUUACGUCUUUGGACAAAUCACUUUAAAUGCCCUGAUUGCCCCAGUGAUGUGGCUUUCUGUGGCUUUGCUCAACGGGACCUUUUAUGAAUGUGCCAUGAGUGGUUUGGACAAUCCUGACUACUUAAAUGCGGUUUGCAACAGAAAAUCUGACAAGUGCUUUGGAGAGCUACACAUGGUAGCCUGUGGCAAAAGCUCCAUGCCCUUUUCAGAGAGUGAUGAACUGAGACGAACACUUCAAGCACAAUCCCAGAUUUUAGGCUGGUGUGUGAUAGUUACUGCAGCCCUGCUCUCCCUGGUAACCACUUGCUGUGCCAGCUGCCAGUCAAAAGUCAGCCACCUCCAGCUGAUGUUCUGGAGAGUGUAUGAGGGGACGGAGAAGGAGCAACUGGAGCAGAUUUUCCAGCUUUAUGCCACCAAGCUGAGUGAGCGAAACCUCAAGUGCUUUUUUGAAAACAAGGAACCAGAACCAAUUUCCCUGCCAGCUUUUCAGGCAUGGGAAGAUGCUUCCCAGCUUUACUCUUUCAGCAGCAGCAAACAGCAUUAUAGCACAAUUCACGAGCUAGUUGAAGAAGGCCAGAAAGGAACCAGUGAGGAAAGGGAGACAAUGCUGGACUCUGUGGACAGAAGGGAAAUACCAUAAAUCGAAUAUGUUUUCAGCUUUUUUAUAUCUUGCUAAUAUAGCUGCUUUCAUCUCUAUUUUUUUUUUCACAAUGGUCUCCUUCGUCAUGUUCCCUUCCAGUUACACACUUGCUCCAAAAGGAUGGAAUGAAAUUAUUUUCCCACAUGAGUGAAAAGGCUGCCGUCCUCCAUGUCACCCAGGGUUCACUCUUCACUAAUGUCACUGGCUGACAUCAAGCACUGACAGCAAAAAAGAGAUGAAUAAUGACUACGAGAGGUUUUAACAAUAUCCUACGUAAAAGGUGCUGUUGUAUUCUUUAUGUAAAUCAAGAGACUACCAUUAAGUAACAUCAUCUAAAUUUUGUGAAUAUGAUAAUUGAAGAUGUGUGUGGCUUUCUGACAGCCCACAGAAAGUAAAGGUUUUCCUUUCAAGUAAUUUCCAGGCCAAUUGCAGGUACAGACUUGUUUUAAGGCCCCAAUGAUCCCUCAAGACCUCUCUCUUUGGAUAAUUUGCCAAACAUCUUCUCCAUAUUAUCUUCUCCAACUGAGAAUUUGUUUGUAUGGGUAUCAAGUUUUAGUUUUGAGUGGGCUUCAGGCAUUGGGUGCAGCCUGUAGUGCUAUGCAAUACUGUUUGUACUGGGCCUACAGUUAGUGUACAACAGAGGGCCUGGAAGGAGAUUUCACUUUUCAAGACAACAAAAUAUUUUUGCAGAAGACUGAUUUUUAUUUUUCUCAUUAUCUUAGAAAACUUAGUGUGGGAGCAAGAAGAACUGGCAGGUAAGGCAACUGCAUAAUUGGUGCCUCUGACAAAUGCGUUUCAUCCCAGAGCCCUACGCUUUACCUCACCCACUUGGAAUUCACCACGUGGCUCUCACACAGGGUGUCCAUCCAGAGUAUUCUCAAAUGCCAUAUAAAAGGACAACAAGGUUACUUUCCCUGGGGUGUCUGGGCAGGCUUUAACACAGCAUUUUACUGCCAGUCUCUCCGAGUCUGCAAAGCACCAAUUUUUGCUGUGAUUGAGUCAGGCUCUUAUCAACAAACCAGGGUACUCUGCCCAGCUCUUCUCGUACUCACUGUGCUUCUUUCAGCAGGUAAAAGUAUCUAUAGCCAUAUACAGACGAUUACUCUUUCUGAAAUAAAAUCCAAGAGCUAAUUCCAUUGUCUGCUUAGAUUUUUUUCUGUCCGUUUUGAAUAAAUGUUUUCUGUCUGUUUUGUGACCUUUCAGACAAUGUUUAAACUUCUUUUAUCCCAGGUGAUCCACUUGUCAACAGACUUAGAACAUGUAAUACGUUUAACGCUGGAGCUGAAAGCACAGAUGCAACACUGCCAAAAUGAAACAACAGCAGAUGUGUCUGACACUGUGCCUGACAUAUAUACAAUGGGUUCCUCUCCUGGUAUAGCAUCCACCUACUUCCAGGGUAUAUGACCCUUACCAUUUUUCUGGUUUUAUCUUUCUGUAUGAGAGCUGCCCCAGCAUCUUCUGUUCAGUCCCAUUUCACCUUGUCCCUACAUGCAAGAGGAGAGGAAACAGAUCCUGCUGUCUGGGCCAACCUGUCUUUCCCAAAACUGUCUUUCCACCUCCUUCCUUGGUGGUACCACAGAAGACCAAAGAAAGUGGGGAUGCAAAGGGGAAGACACUACGUAGGUUAAUAAGUUGAUCAAGGACUAUGGGAAAUGUGUGGAUUGAUGUACAGAUAAGGCCUCCAGUGUGAUAUAUCUGGGACACAGAGCCAAAAGCAUAGCUGGUAGAGGGAAGGGUGGAAGGACAGAAUGAUCCCGCUUAAGGCCUUUGGCAUCCUCUUUUCCUUUGGAUGAAAGCUCAAAGCUCAAAGCUCUGCACUUGAGUAGUCAGGGCCACAUGAAACAGCAGCACUUCCCAGCCCAAUCUUCCAUUAUGGAGGGAAAAAACCAAGGUGCAUUCUCCCUUCCUCAUCCUUACCCUGCUUCAUGUUUGCAGGUAACUCCUGUUGAGAGUGUCUCCACAUCCAAGAGAGCUGUUGGAUUCAUGGAUUUGUGCUGCAAUGCGUGCCUGAUAGAAGCGCAUCUCUCACUGUUCCUCAUUCCUAGGGCUGUGUGACCGUUUUAUCUUACAAAAAUGCCUGUGACCUAAUGCAAUUUCCAUGUGGAUGCUGGAAUACUUCCAUAUAACCAGACAAAAAUAAAAGCCAGUCUGACCCUAUGUUUUCAACUGGAAUCUGGCUUUGGCAAAUUUAACUGUGUCCUUCAAGCUGCUAUCACAAAAGCUGUUUUCUAUCAACACUGUCCCUAAAUUCAGCAGCUACCAUGGUAGCCCAGGAUGAGACAAAGACUAUCAUUAGCAC